AUGACAGCCAAAGAAGCACAUGUGAUGCAGGCAGAUGUGGCCCAGGAAGCAGUCAUUCAAAGAACUGUUACUGCAGAUUGGUAUACCACCAUUUGUUUGCCAAAAGUCAUCAACAAGCUUCGAAAAAUCAACCCCGAAAGAAGAAUCAUCCUCCACCAAGACAAUGCAAGCUCGCACACAGCCCAAAAAACAAGGCAGUAUUUAACGGAAGAGAACGUGGAAUUAUUGGACCAUCCUCCAUAUAGUCCUAACGAUUUCUUUACUUUCCCGAAAAUUAAAAUCAGACUGCAUGAUCAAAGGUUCCAGUCACCAGAAGAAGCAGUUGACGCAUUCAAAACUGCCGUUCUGGAUCUGCCAGCAAACGAGUGGAAUAAGUGCUUCGAAAAUUGGUUCGAGCGCAUGCAGAUGUGUAUUAAUCUUCGUGGAGAAUACUUCGAAAAACAAUAAAGUCAUUUAAAACUA